GGUGGAGCGACUGUGUAACGCUCCCGCCCACACACCCGCUGGACGUGACCGCAAACACGCCCCCUACACUUUUUACGUAGCCUGGCGGCUCGAGUUUUUUGGUUGUUUACCGCGACUGACGACUCGUUUAAUUAAGCUUCUCCCCCGCUUCCAGCGGGAGGUUCCUAUUUCAUGAUCAGCCGCUCCUUGGGUCCAGAGUUUGGGGGGGCGGUAGGCCUGUGCUUCUACUUGGGCACAACCUUCGCUGGAGCCAUGUACAUCCUGGGAGCUGUCGAGAUCCUUCUGGUGUACAUUGCACCCGGAGCAGCUAUCUUUGAAGGUGAAGGAGCAGCCAUGUUGAACAACAUGAGAAUAUACGGCUCCAUCUUUCUCCUCUUCAUGGCCUUGCUGGUUUUCGUGGGGGUCAAGUACGUGAACAAACUGGCCUCCGUCUUCUUGGCCUGCAUCAUCAUCUCCAUUUUAUCCAUCUAUGUCGGAGCGCUGGUUUCUGCCUUCAGCGUGCCGGAUUUUCCCGUAUGCAUGCUGGGAAACAGAACUAUCAACGCCCAUGAUGUUGCUGACAACCACUGUAGUAAAACUGUCCUGGUUAAAGUUGCAGCUGAGAAAUUAGACAGCAACUUCACGAUUAACGAAAACAGCACAGUGGGCCCCACCUUUGACCCCAGCCAUGUCCCAGAGGUGAUGGUGGAGAAGACCACACAUCUUUGGAAGUUAUUUUGCCAUAACUCACAGCUCAACGCCACCUGUGACGAAUACUUCACUUCAAACAACUUCUCUGAGAUUAAAGGGAUCCCCGGACUGACUAGUGGGGCCAUAUCAGAGAACCUGUGGAGUACAUACCUACACAAAGGGGAUGUUUUGGAGAAAAGAUCCCUCCACACCUCUAAAGUUGCACACCCAGCCUCUGAUCGCUAUCCAUACGUGUUUGCCGAUAUCACCACCUCCUUCACAGUGCUCAUGGGCAUCUUCUUCCCCUCAGUCACAGGUGUUUGGCCACGGGAAAGAUGACUGGGAACCUACGUGGGCCCUGCUGCUGACAGUUCUGAUAGCUGGAGGGGGGGGGCACAGAGUCAGCCCCAUCCCUCACCCCACCCCAGUCCAAGCAAACUUUAGAUGAUCUCUCACAUGAAUUUUCAUUUCUGCCCCCCACCAUCCCACCUUGUGUGUGUGGGUGUGGUGUGGGUGUGGUGUGGGUGUGGUGUGGUGUGGUGUGGUCGACAGCCCAAAAGGACGAAGGCAAGGAAGGCAGCAGGUCCGGAUAGAAUCUGCUCCAGACUGCUGCAGGACUGUACAGAACAGCUUUGUCAGUGACAUCAUAUACCUGUGAGGACGCUGAUGAUGGAGCAAAGGUCUCAGAUGCUGAGACAGAUGCGACUGUCUAAAUCUGAUCGGCACAGAGAGGUUUAUGUUCUCCGACCGCGACACAACUGCCGGCACCCCGGCUGGAAACAUGAUCACCAUGUCCAAGAAGCUGCUGUGGGGCGCCACUACCAGGAUCUGCGCAUCCUUCACGUCCGCCUUACGACCUUUCACCUUAACCCAGUGGAAGCCCACGCAGAAGAACACUGCACGGCCCAGCAGCCACAGGAUCGGGUGGAACAGCCAGCGCCGCCAGCCUGAUAAGGGUUUGGAGCGUUCCUCCUGAGACAGGCCGGCCAAUCGCAGCACAGCGACGAUCCAAGCAGAGAUUAACAAGAUCCACGCCAGGAAGACCCGUAUGGGGAGCAGGGUGUAGCCCAGGAUGAUGCCCUGCAGGAUCAGAGGGGAAAAUUAGAGAUGUUUAAACAUAAUGCAGGGUUCAAUCAAGUGAAACGCACGCCACCAAACAUCAGAAACGGUUUCAUGGUCUAAAGCUAAAAAGAUGCCCUCUUUAGUUCUUUUCAUGGCAUCACAAAGCCUUAGUCAAUCUAAACUCAACCACUCAACACAGGACACAUCAAGCUCAGCUUGAUUUAAAGGUCAAGUUUAGGCGAAGUCAUUGUUUCAAACAAACAAACACUAUUAUUCCUGCUGAUUUAAGAAAAUGUAAGAUAUAUGAAUCGUAGUGUUUGUUUAUAUAAUGCUAAUGAGCCAUGUUUGCUUGGUGGAGCUGGUUAAAUGCUCUUCGGGUGAAACCUGCUUAAAGAUAACUAAGAGGCAAAGUGGAAAUCCAUCAGAAUGAUGGAAGGUUUUUCUUUUUUCUGUUUUUCAUUAAUAAUAAAGCGAGCGAGCGUGUGCGUGUGUGUAUUGCUUUUAUUAAUCCCUCAAAGCAGAAGAAGUAGAAACAAUGCUUCCAAUAUGGCAGCCUGAUUAAAGAGCCGGUGAGGCUUUAGCCUUUAACAUCCACAACAGACAGACCUCUACACGCUGCACACAGGGAAACCCUUGCUCUGAGUCUUCACCCACAGCAACACUUUCCUGUCAUCAUCUGUGCUGCGACUCCAUCAAGGCAAAGGGAAGCAACACGUAAACAUUUUCUCAAACUGCUGCGCUGAAACCGUUUCCAAAGAGCAUGCUGUGUGAGACGAUAAACCUCAUUUAACCUUUUAACCUGUGGCUUCCGGAACAAACUCAGGCGAGUCAGUCACUGCAAACACAUUUAUAGCAUCAAGUGUUUGUCAAAUUAAAAGGAUGUGUUUUUCUACAGCUAGGAUCAUUUUCUAUGUGCAGUAAAGUGCAUCAUCGGUGUUCAAUCAUACAUUUUGUAAUUGUUAUAAACAGAACAAAUGUUUUCUCAAUUCACUGCUUGAUUCUUAACUUGUUUAAAUGAAACAUGAUGAAAUGUCUGCAUUAUUUUUGAAAUGUCCUUGGCAGCGCAUGUGUCUGCAUUGUAAUUUACUAAUAAAACGUCCUGUGUGUA